AGGUAUGGAGACAGAAAGAAUACGACGGUGUAGAAAUAGUGAAGAACGGGGUGUGCCGACCGGGCCUGUGGAUGAAAGACGCCCAGACCAGGCAAGAAGGCAGUCGGAGUGAAUAGGAGAAGGGAGAAAAGGAUGGAAGAAGAUGAGAUAGUAGGUUGGUUGACGAAUGGCAGAUAGGCGAGCAGUAGGAGCGGCAAACGGCGCCACCUAGAAGAGGACGAUGGUGGGCUCCGUUUCCAUUGUUUGCUGCCGGCUCUUGACUGUGAGAGGGCUGUUUGUCGGCAGGGUACCGAUUGCGGAUUAUAACUGGCUGGCGAGCACACACACAGAGAGAGAGGGGGGGAGGGGGAGAGAGAGAGGGAGAGGGAGAGAGAGAGAGGGAGAGGGAGAGAGAGAGACGGCGGCAGGGAGGAUGGGCGGGUGUUCCGUCAAGGAAGACGACAGCUGCAAAUCGGCAUGCUGGACUUGUCAGAUUCGCAUAGACAGCCUGACAACUCGGGGCUACGUUUAGUUACGCUCUGGUAGCGUGGACGAAGAGGUCUGGUUGAUGUUUCGUGCUUCU